AUCGUCCAAAAAAGGAAUUCAGCUUCGGUGUCAUGGUUUUCCACCACAGCUUUGUGCAUUACGUUGAACGCUUGAGGUGAACGCUUGCUUGGACCCAAUGAUUGCACAUCACACACAUGUCUAUCGAAAGGUAGUCCGAGAGAUAGCCAAAGCGACUGUCAAACCUCGGUUAGCUCGGAACAAAGACAUUGCUUCAAACUUCCGAGCCUUGUUCGCACAGAGUGGACAACCCGAGGAUGCGCAGCAUUUUCAACACGAUAUGCAGAAUGCCUUGACUUUCCUGCGAUCUCAGCGAGAAUAUAAGGCCUUAUUGGAGAGAUAUAACCCAUUAAUCGACCUAACAGCGGAGGAACGGAUAGAAGCGACCGCACGACGAGUCGGACUGAACAUGCCCAAGAUCCAUGCGCCUGAUUCCCAGGACACGUAGUAACACUUGAGUUACUAGGCGUAGUAUAUCAUGAUGCCCGAGCUCGAUACCAAGUCAUUUUAGAUAUUCACGGCGGGCAGUGAGACUAGUUCAAAGUUAUAAUACAUGUUUUCCUAUCGAUUUGCUAUGAUAAUUCAAAUACCCGUUCCGGACUCGUGCAAACUAAAUUGUGUAUCGAUAAUCCUACUAAUGAAUGUUUUGAAAAGAUACCUCAAGUUCUCGUUGAAAAG